AUGAAUUCAAACCGUAUAACAGAAGACGAGGUUUUAUCGCUUGUGAUUAGUCAAUUGGUUGCGUAUGGCUAUUCCGCUGUAGCUCAAAGUGUGGCUGACGCGACAGGUGCAACUACCGACAUGAUGCCAAGCGCAAGGCUCUCCGAACUUUUACAAAUUGCCAAAGACAAAAACGAGGAGGAAGAUUCAGACGACGAUUAUUCUGGAAAGGACUUUGAUCGUGAAUCACCUAGGGAAGACAUGGAUGUGCACAUGAAUGUAUCUGGCUUUGACGUGGAGUCUAUGCGUAAUGCCCAGCCCAAGACGGCACCGGAAUACAACCAGUUAUAUUACACGCAACACAAAGGACCUUGUAGAACAGCUAUUUUCAGUGGGGAUGGACGGUUUGCAGCAACCGGGUCUCAUGAUUCCUCGCUGAAAUUGCUUGAUGUCAAUAAAAUGAAGAAUCGGUCAGGGGAUGCAGGGGAUAAACCCGUGAUUCGUACAUUGUAUGAUCAUUUGGAGCCAGUCAAUGAUCUUAGUUUUCAUCCCAACGGACUUGUCUUGGCCAGUUGUUCUAAUGACCAAAGUAUUAAAUUGUUUGACUUGUCCAAGACGGGUGUCAAGAGAGCAUUUCGAUAUUUGCAGGAUGCACAACCUGUCAACUCCAUUUCUUUCCAUCCUUCGGGAGACUUUUUAUUAGCGGGUACAAAAGAUGCUGCAGUGCGAAUUUACGACGUAAAGACACUUCAAUGUUAUACAAAUUCAAGUAAUGCAGAUAUGCAUCGUGGAUCUAUUUCGCAAAUCCGAUACUCCAACACGGGUAAGAUUUUUGCGACCUCAUCAUUGGACGGCACUGUACGUAUUUGGGAUAGCACUACUUCGCAUUGUAUUAAGACAUUGGAUGGAGCGCAUGGUGGAACAGCUGUUUCGAGUGUAAGAUUUACCAGCAAUGAGAAAUAUUUGAUGACGGCAGGAUUGGAUAGUACUGUGCGAUUAUGGGAUAUCACCAGUGGCAAGGUGCUGAUGGAGUAUAAGGGACAUGAGCAGCGAUUACAAAUGUUACAGCCUUCGUUCAAUUACAAUGAAGAUUUCAUCAUGAUUGGUGAUGAAUCCUCUACAGAUGUCAUUUGCUAUGAUACACAAACGGGUGCCUUGGUGAAGAGAAUCCCAGGUCAUAACAAUCUUGUGAGAUGUGUUGCUGCAUCACCUGUGGAUAAUGGCAUUUUGACAUGCAGGUAA